CCUGAUCGCGGCAAAAAGAAUAUCGUGUUCCCUAUUCGGUUGUGUAAAUUCAACGGUUCGGUACAAAGAGGCGCGGAAAAUGAGUGGUAUGCUGUCACUAGACAGUAAUGAAACUCAUCAGGAUGAGGAAACCACUAGUGAAAAUGAAUCGGAUGAUUAUCCAAGAAUACCUAUUCACAUGGAUGAACCAAAGGAAUGGACUUACACAAUGAGGAGGCAUAUGCAGGAGGUGAUACCUGGAUUAUAUCUUGGCCCAUACAGUGCUGCUAGUCGAUCAAAAUUACAAUCUUUAUUAGAACAUGGCAUAACUCAUAUAGUGUGUGUUAGGCAGGAUAUAGAAGCAAAUUUUAUAAAGCCCAACUUUCCUGAUAAAUUCAAGUAUCUUGUUCUGAAUAUUGCUGAUACAGCAACAGAGAAUAUUAUUCAACAUUUUCAAAAAGUUAAAACAUUUAUAGACGAUGGUUUAAAUUCUGGGGGUCAAGUCUUAGUACACGGCAAUGCAGGAAUAUCAAGAUCUGCUGCAUUAGUUUUAGCAUAUGUUAUGGAGACAUAUGGACUCUCACAAACACGGGCAUAUGCAAUGGUGCAACAAAGAAGGUUUUGCAUAAACCCUAAUGAAGGUUUUAUGGUACAAUUAAAAGAAUAUGAACCUAUAUACCAAGCACAAAAAACGUUAAGAAAUGGACAACAAAGUUCAGUGAAGCAACGAAGUAAAAGAACAAUACAUCAAAUGGAUACGGAACGAACCGAAGAAAGAUGCGACGAAAUGGAUAGUUGA